UAGAACGUGUCAAAAUCGAAUAUUAUUAUUUUUGUUAUAAAUUCUCAACGUACCGGUGCAAAUCUUUCUUCCUCAGCAUUCAGAAGAUCUCCAACAGAAGAUGCCUUCGCCUGACUCGCCAGGUGGCGCCUAUUUAGCACAUAGGAGAGCUCAUCCAGAGUCGCCGAGACGAUCGCGAUGCGCCUCGCCGAGAAAAUCAUCACCUAUUGGACGCUGUUCUAGUGAUCCUAUAAGCACUUUCGAUUGUGUGGCAAAUAAAGGCGAAGUUUGGGAUUUCAUUCCUGAUCGUGAAUGGAAGCUAUUAACAGCUUUAGCGAGGAAAAGAGACGAUGAACGGAUGAGGGAGAAUCUUGCAGAACAAUUUCAGAAAUUGUGGAUUAAGGAGAAGGAAAAUCGAGAGAUGGUAGAAGCUGAAACUUCAGAACAAUACAAACGCUAUCUGAACCAGAAGAGAACAGAAGAGAAGUAUCACAACGAGUACAAACGCCUACAGCGAGAUGCAGAAGAGCAAAUAAAAACAGGCCAGCUGUUACAUUGCAUCCGGUAUAAAGAGCAGAGGAGCGCAGAUUUGCUCGCGUGGAGGGAUGACCAAAAAGUGUCGGAGCUGGUUGGCAAGGCGGCAGAGACGGCGGCGCGAGCGCGCGGGGCGGCGGAGCGGCGCGCGCGGCGCGGGGACGUCGCCGCCUGGCACCGACACGUGCAGCUGUUGCACGCGCGCCGGAGGGCGGACGACGCCAGCGCACGACGAAACGAAAUGCUGCGGAAUGCUUCGCAGCGUCUAGCCAUCAGCAACACCCUAAGUUCUUGGGAAACUUCCCUAAUACGCCAAGAAAUGGCAGCAAUGGAUGCAGCAAGGCGUGCGCACGUCGUAGCACAUUGCGCACUAAAAGACGCGCGGAGUGUGCGCGUUACGCGUGCGAGGGAGACGAAACGACAACGUGCGAGGAGAUUGGCUGCUAUCACCGCUCAAAUGAGAGAAGCCAUCAAAGGGAAUUAAAUACCAUUUUAUUGCAAUUUGAAACCUAAAUAAAAGAGAGAGAACGAUUAAAUCAUAAGAAUAACAUUGAACUAAAAAAAUCAUAACAUUAUAAAAAUGA